AAUAUGUAUAUUUCUACUCUGUGAAACAAUAAUCGAUUUCACUUUGUCGGUAGUCUGUUAACAACGUCACUUUGAAAAUUGUUUGUCUUUCGCGAGCGCAAGGUUUUCGUUCGGCUUUUAUGUUAUUGAAGUUAAUAUUGUGAAUAAAAUGUAAUAAAGCAGUGGAAAACGCUCUUGAGAUAACUCUUAGUGCAGCAUAAACUAAUAAGUGUAGUAUUGCGACAUGCCUCCAGUUAAUUCCAAGGAGGAAAAGAUCGGCACGCAGUAUGAGAACAUUAUACCAUCAAAAUGCACUGCACUGGACUUUGAAAGAUACAUAACUGAGAACAGAACAUUCUUGUUAAAUGACCCUCUUCGAGACAUUCUUCUGUACCCUGCUGAUGAUGUUUCGAGUGUAGUUCUCCCUCGCCGCUGGCGGACGGUGACCACGGCGGUGCCGGACGUGCGGACGGCGUCCACCUGCCCGCUGCUCACGAGACAGGCCCUCCUCAGCUAUGCCUCCAGCUGGAACCUUGUGCACUACAAAUACAGCUCAUAUUCCGGCACAUACCUCAAUUUACCAAGGACAAUAGAUAAUAAGCUACCCGAAGAAGUAUACGACAUAGACGCAGAGACUGAAGGUGAAAAUGACGCUCAAGCCGCCAAAAUUGAUAUUGGAACCAAAGAGGGCUACUUGCUCAAGGGGCCAGAGAUUGGCUCCGAUAGGAUAUUUAGCAACCUCGCCUCCAAAUCGUUUAAGAAACGGUACUGCUGUAUGGUGAAGGAAACUGAUGGCACUUACAUACUGGAGGUGUAUAAAGAUGAUAAAAAAACGGACACGAAGCUUACAGUUGUCAUGGACUUCUGUUCGGAGGUCGUUAAAAAUCCGAAGCGCGGUAGGUUCUGCUUCGAACUGCGCAUGUCAGGCGGGAAAGGAUACACGUUCUCAACGGAUACGGAAGAGGAAAUGAACGAAUGGAUCAGCGUCUUCACCGCGGCGCUGAAGAAAGGACAAGAAAACCAGGAGAGCCAGCAGAAUGAUGAGGCUAUUGAUAAAGACGAAGACGUCUCCCUAACCGCCGAGCCACCGCCCGCGACCUACGGAACCCUCAAGGGCCUGGAACACAGUAUGAACCCCCUCCUCAUGAGGUAUUCCCGUGAGACCGCCAUGUCCAUAGCGGCGGCGCGGGCCGAGUGCCGCGCUCACGUGUUCAGCCUGCCGUAUAGGCGGGAGGCCCCGCCUGAACCCAUGUUGGAGCCUUUCAAAGAACACUUUGGCCAAAGAAUAUUGCUCAAAUGCGAAAGCUUAAAGUUUAGGUUACAAGCGCCGAUUGAUGGAGACAAGGAGCUAUUAUGCCAAGUGGAACCUUAUUUCACAUCUUUAGCUCUGUACGAUGCGAGAAGUGGCAAGAAACUGACGGAAAACUUCCAUUUUGACCUCAACCACGAUGCUGUUAAGGAUCUAGUCAAGGAGAAUGAAUGCACCAAGUCAUUAGUCGAGAAUUUCAGCUACGAUGUCAAGUUGGAUGUUAAACAGAUCAGCGACGAAUGGUUCCGGUCUAAGAGACAGGUGCAACUAUCAAUAAACAACCCACACCCAGACUUGUUCAUAGUGGUCCGUAUAGACAAGAUACUACAAGGCCAUGUGAACCAGGUCAUGGAGCCCUAUCUGAAGGCUACUAAAGACCCUCGUCUAGGGCUGAAAGUGCAUAAGAUUGUGCAAGCGUAUGCUAAUAGGGUUGGGAGCUAUAAGAUGCCGUUUGCGUGGGCUGCUAAGCCUUUGUUCAGAUUAUACAGCAAUGACUUGGACACGUCGCCAGAGUUCCCGGCAAUAUACCGCCAGGAACCGAACAAGAUGUCUGACGAUGACCUGCUGAAGAUACUCUCCGAUAUACGGAAGCCGGAGAAAUUGUCGAAACUCACUGUGAUACCCGGGUGGCUGAAUAUUAGUAUACAACAGAGCAAUGAACCUGUACCUAAUUGCAUGACGAGUGCGCACGCAGCGCUCAAGCCAUUCCCGCUCCCCCCCACCGCCCCCCUGACCUUGGAACUGGCGACCUUGAACUUGGAACCAGAACAGCCCUACGCGGCGUACAUACACCACAUGUACGUGCGGCCGCUGACCCUGAGCUUCGAGUCGCAGAAGAUGUUUGCGCGAGCGAGGAACAUAGCGUGUGUGGUGGAAAUGAAGGAUAGCGAUAGCGGCGAUAAUAAGGCGUUGCAGGUAGUCUACGGGCGAGCCGGCAUGACGACCCAGUAUCGUUGCUCAGUUCUCCAUCACAACGCUAGCCCGACCUGGAGUGACGAGGCUAAACUACGCCUGCCCUCCACACUGUCGCCUGCGCAUCACUUGCUAUUCACGUUUUAUCACAUCUCGUGUGAUCUGGCCAAGAAGAGUGAUACCAAUGUGGAGACGUGUAUUGGGUAUGCGUGGGUUCCUCUGCUGAAGAAUGGCAAAUUAGUCGAGGAGAUUGUGAAUCUACCCAUUGCCACACAUCUACCUUCGGGGUACUUGUCCAUUCAACCGCUUGGACUUGGAAAAGGGAACGCCGGCCCAGAAGUCGUAUGGGUGGAAGGCGAGAAGCAACUCUUCCGUUGCCAACUAAUCCUCGACUCGACCGUAGCCACACGCGACACACACCUGCACAAUCUGUUCAGCCAAUCAGAGCGGCUCAUUGCGGCCACCUCCCCCUCCACUUCCCCUUGCCCGCCGCCGUGGGGCGAGGUCUGUAAUGCACUGAAAGCUGCGCAUGCGAUCAGACUGAGUUCUCUGGUUGGGUUCUUGCCGACGAUAUUGAAUCAGCUGUUUGAAUUGAUGACUGUGGAGAAAAGCUACUCGCAAGACAUGGGAUAUCAGAUCGUGAAACUGAUAGUGCAUUUCGUUCACAUGAUACAUGACUAUGGCAGAAAAGACCUCCUGGACAGUUACGUAAAGUACGUCUUCAACUGCGUCGAGUUCAAACUACACACGGUAUUGACCGCGCCUCUGCACCAAUUCGUUGACCCCAAUCAGCAGGAUUUCCUAUUGGGCAACAAAUUCAUGCAGUAUUCUGGCUUCUUCUUUGACAUCAUUGUGAAGAGCAUGGCUCAGUAUCUCAUUAAUACUGGAAGGAUUAAGAUGUCUCGACAUGAGCGAUUUCACGCAGAUUUACUAGAGAACAUAGAUAAAUUGGUGACAACAGUGGAGCCGUCAUACAUCCUGCAACAACCCAUGCAGACGCACAUAUUCAACAAAAAUCUUGCCCAAUUCUUAAAGUCUUGCCUCUCAUUCAUGGAUCGCGGGUUUGUGUUUCGCCAAAUCAAGAAAUAUAUUGACAAAUUCAAGCCGUGCGACCCUAAAGCACUGUUCGACUUCAAGUUCACGUUUCUGCAGACUAUAUGUUCACACGAACACUUUGUGCCCUUCAACUUGCCGCUACAAGCCAACCGACUUACCAAAGAUUGUGAUGAAGAUCCAGCCAAGCUGAAGUUAUCGGAAGACUUCAUCAUGAAACAUUUUCUUGCCGGACUAUUGUUGAAACAAGUAGAACAAUCCCUCCGUGAAGCUCCCCAGAAGCGUCGCUCGGCGCUGGGCGUGCUGCGCGCGCAGCUCACCAAGCACGAGCACGACGACCGCUACGCCGCGCGCACGAGGCGGGCGCGCGUGGCCCGGCUCUACGCGCCCUGGCUCACCACAGUGUUAGAAAACGCACACCGCCUGGUGGCCAAGUCCCUAGCGUCGCCAGUAUACGAGAACGGACACGACAAGCCAGACGGAGAAGCGAUAUUGCACCCUAUCAUCAACAACACACAGAAGGAAGUCGCUUCAGCACACAGCACUCCGAGGAAGAAUAGACUGACGUUGCAUUUUGAUCACACGCCCGUUAGAAAUUCGGCCCAUUUUAAGGACCCACCGGUCAUACUGAAUACUAUGUACGGGAAAGAUCAGCACAACAAUCUGUCGCACAGUUCGCUGGAGUCUGUGUCCACCAUGUCUGGAGGUGACUCGCUGCCGAGAAACCUGGCUAAGCCGGACCUCAGCGAGAUUGGGGACCAGGUUAAUAGAUUCGGCGUGAUGUCCCCGGAAGAGGUCCGCGACGUGCUGCUCUGUUUCCUGUUCGUGCUGAAGUACCUGGAUGAAGACAGGCUCGUGGAGUGGUGGAAGACGCACACGCCUGCGCAGACGCAUGCUUUCUUCAACGUUUUGGAGAUUUGCGCCGAGCAAUUUCACUACAUAGGGCGGAGCAAGAUCCUCUCGGAACUCAAAACCUCCACCCCGGACUGCAACGGCAAGGCCAAGCCGGUGAAGGCGAGGACUCUGCCAGCCAGGAUGACCCCGCCAGACUUCUCCAAGGAGCCACCGAUCAUUGUGGAAAAGAAUAAUACCGUGAAUAGGGAGAAUCUUGUCACCACUAAUGGGAUUUCAGAACUAGACGCCAUAGCCGACCACGCAGUUCUAUCAGCCGGUUGCCUAGCAACGGAAGUGGGACUGAUCAUUAUAGACCGCGCUUGUCUCUUCAUGAAGAACCUCGGAGCGGCGGAGGGCGUCGCUGCUAAACCCUAUCUGAAGCUGUUGCAGUUCCCACAGAGUGAAAACUUGUAUAAACAUCUGUUUGCGGCGCUAAGGGCGUAUAUUAACCAGUUCUCGGAGACGCUUUUUGAGGGUGGCAGCGCCCUCUGCGCGGGCGUAGUAAGUUCCGUGGUGAAGCUGUGCGAGGCGCGGCCCGCGUGGCUGCGGCGGGAGGCGGCGGCCGCGCUCUACCUGCUCAUGAGGGCCAACUUCCAACACGGCGCCGCGCCGAGCGUCACCAGGGUGCAUCUACAGGUGAUCAUAGCAGUGUCGAAGCUGCUGGACAGUCAGACGGCGAUCAACAGCAAGCGCUUCCAGGAAUCUCUCUCGGUCAUCAACUGCUUCGCAACUGGAGACAAGGCUAUGAAAGGGACAGGAUUAUCCAACGAAGUGGCUGAGCUGAUGCGGCGAGUGCGGACAGUAGUGGGAGCCAGGGCCAGGCUGGCUGGCGCCGGCGGAACCAGCCUAUCAGGUAAUUCAGGGGCCGGCAACGUGCAUUUGGCUGAGCUCCAACACUCCCUGGCCGCGUCGUGCCGCGCCACGCCGCGACUGCGUCACGCCUGGCUCACCACGCUGGCUGAACAUAACGCCAGGCAGGGGGACCAUGAUGAGGCGAUGUGCUGCCAGCUCCACAUCGCGGCCCUCAUAGCGGAGUACCUCAAACUGCGCGGCGCGCAGACGUGGGGCGCAGAGGUCUUCCAGGAUAUCUCCAUGAAUAUACCGAAAGAUGAGACUGGACUCAAGAUUGAUGAAGGCAUGACCGACGUGCACUACAACGAACAAGCGCUCCUCGACCAGCUGAUGCUGUGCACCGAAUACGUGGACAAGGCAGAGCGAUACGAGCUCCUCGGGCCCCUAUACCGCCUCGUCAUACCCAUCUACGAGCGGAGGAAGAACUACGAGGCCCUGUUAGCCUGCUACCAACACCUCACCAAGGCUUACGCGAAGGUCAUUGAAGUCACGCAGUCAGGGAAACGACUGUUAGGCAGAUUCUAUAGAGUCGCUUUCUACGGAAAGUCAUAUUUUGGUGAUGAUGAAGAGGGCAUAGAGUUUAUAUACAAAGAACCGAAGAUAACGUCUUUGAGUGAGAUCUCAGAGAAACUGCAAACGUAUUAUGAGAUGAAGUAUGGCGCUGAGAAUGUGAAGAUGAUUAUGGAUUCUGCUCCUGUAAAACGCGACGAACUGGACCCUAAGCUAGCCUACAUCCAAGUGACAUACGUGCGCGCGGCGACCGAGGGCGGCGGGGUCACCGCGGGAGCGUUCGAGUCCGCACACAACGUCAAGCGGUUCGUGUACGAGACGCCGUUCACGCGAGAUGGCGCUGCCAGGGGGCCCGUGCACCACCAGUGGAGGAGACUCACGCAUCUUACCGCGGAGAACUAUUUCCCAUACGUCAAGCGGCGCAUCCCAGUGACAGAGACUUCUGAAGAGGAGAAGAGUCCCAUAGAGGUGGCCCUGUCAGAGAUGGAGAGCCAGGUGGCGGAGCUCAGCGACAUCGUGCGAGCCAACACCUGUGAUAUAAAGAGGCUGCAGCUCAGGCUACAAGGCAGCAUCUGCGUGCAAGUGAACGCCGGGCCGCUGGCGUACGCCAACGCCUUCCUGGACCCCGCGCUCGCGCAGAUGUACCCCGACGAACAUGUUGACAAACUGAAGGCGGUUUUUAAGGAGUUCCUGACAGUGUGCCACGCGGCGCUCCAACAGAACGCCAAGCUGAUCAGCAGCGACCAGGUGUCGUACCACGAGGCUCUCGAGGACAACUACUACAAGCUCAGCAACUCACUCUCCGAGAUACUGGGGGAGCCACUGCAGGACAUAUUGGUGAACGGGAACCUUAGCACCACCGUCACUGGGGUGGAAGUCGAGUCUAGCAACGCUUAAGCGAGUUGCCGGCAAAAUAUAGGUAAAAACGGAAGGUGCCAAUUCGCGCGCGCUCGCGAGUUGAAAAAUAACUCAGUGGAAUAGCACAAUUUUUUGCACUAUCGAAUGUUUGAUUUUAACUGGUAGGUGAGCAAGGUUUGGAAGUUUUUGAAUAUUUAUUGUAUUUAAUUGCCAUGUUUGUAAAAAAAUAUUUAAAACGUUUUUAAAACUACUUCGUACGUAAGCCGCGUGUCAAAUAGAGGCGCUCGAAUAGAAAAAAAAACGCAUUUUAUAGAUACGGUGGGCGGUGAGGAAUUUGUUUGAUGAAAUGAAUCAGAAUAUUCUGUGGAAUUCCAACUGUAUACAGUUUGAAUCCCCAGAAGAUACAGUUCUAUAGUGAUAAAUUAUUGCAACGAUAAACGUUGAAGUGUAUAGGUAGUAUAAAAAACAUAUCGCACUUCGAAUUGCUUGUGUUUAGGCCAACUUGUUGCCAGAACAACCGCCGAGAGGCUUUAACGUCCGAAAAAUCUUCCGAUAACAGUUUUACCCUUCUAGCAUAAGAUCAUCAUCCUUGGUGUCCUAAGACAUCUUUUAAAAUAUAUAUAAAUUUUAAUAAAACCAAAUUAUAGUCGUCAAUUAACAAGUCCAUCCUUCCACUGCCAGUGGAGGUCCCUGCACUUGAGCCACAUAUUUACCAAAUUUACAUUUACAACUAUUUAGUCAUUUACAAAAUACGUAGGAGUGCCAUGAGUUAAUCAUUACUAAUAGUAAUCGGCAUCACAAUGCACAAAAUCUUAGUAUUAGUAGUAGAAGUGAAAGAACUGGUAGCCAAUUCUCAACCAAAUUUUGCGCUAUGGUUAUGACGCGCCACUGAGAGGUUCAAACUGUGACCUCAUUUAUAUGAACACAGUAUUUAUCAAUAUGAUGGAUCACUAGAAAGCAAGUUGAGUGCUCCUGCUUCGACAGUUUUCCGUUCAGUUAAUUCACCUUUAACUGCAUAUCAAAAGGUACUGAAC